UGCAUUUUCUUGACGACAGGUGAGGGCGGAGCUGCAAGGGCCUACAACAACACAUUCCACGCGAUCAGCUCAAUCGUGCGACAGGAGGGUGCUCAGAAGCUCUACACCGGGUUGUCUGCGGGACUAUUGCGUCAGGCUACAUAUACCACGGCGCGUCUGGGCAUCUACACGAGUUUAUUUGAGUACGCGAGCAAUCAGUCGAAGUCAGGUGCUCCACCUUCUUUCUUGGCCAAACUCGGGAUUGGACUCACUGCUGGUGUCCUUGGCGCUUUCGUUGGAACCCCCACCGAGGUCUGCCUCAUCCGCAUGACAGCCGAUGGCAGGUUGCCCAUUGCCGACCGACGGAACUACAAGAAUGUCUUCAAUGCACUCUACCGCAUUUUCAACGAAGAAGGGCUCCUUGCUCUCUGGCGAGGCGCAGUGCCAACCAUGGGCCGUGCAGCUGUGGUGAAUGUGGCUCAAUUGGUUUCCUACUCUCAAUUCAAGCAGACCAUUCUUGAAAACAAAUUGAUGCGGGAUGGUUUCAAUGUGCACCUGACGGCGAGUAUGUGCUCGGCACUCAUCACCACCAUCGCCUCUCUGCCCGUAGACAUCGCCAAGACGCGCAUUCAAAACAUGCGCACCAUCAACGGACGACCUGAGUACUCCGGGAUCUUUGAUGUGUUGGGUUCGACUGUGAAGUCGGAGGGAGUGUUGGCUUUGUGGAAGGGUUUCACGCCCUACCUCUUCCGUAUUGGACCUCACACGGUGCUGACGUUCGUCAUUCUCGAACAACUCAAUGCUUUCUACAACGUCUACAUUCUCGGCAACAAACACUGUGGAGUAAAAAGCGGUCUCUAG